CGCGAUUUUUUCUAUUUGCUUGUUUGUUUUCUAUUUCUAUUAUAACUUUGAAUAAAAAAUGGGUUGUGCAACAUCAAAAAAUAUUGAACCCGUUGGUGGUCGAACAAUUGAAGGUUCCAAUAAAAUAAAGAAACAUAAACCAGAAGGCGAAAAAAGUGCGAGUGAUAAAAAAAGCGAAAAAAACAGUGCUAAAACCAGUGCUAAAACCAAUGCUAAAGCCAAUGUUAUUGCCAAUGUUAAUACCAAUGUUAAUACCAAUGUCAAAACCACUGAUAUUGCUGCUAAAUCGGGAACACAAAUUGCAAAAACGGUUCCCAACAUUAUUCCAGUGGAAGAAGUGAAAAAAAUGGAGAUUACACCACAGUCUAAAAGUAGCUCAACAUCUUUAUCGGGUCCUCAUAGUUCAUCAGCAACCUCAGCAUUUUCCGAUGUAACAUCAUCCGUUGCAAAUUCAUCAAAUGUUGGAAGUUCAAUGGGCGGUGGUCCAUCCGCUGGUGCAAGUGAUACGGCGAUUGGUAGUAAAAUGAGUAGCCAAGUGUCUGGUCAAAUUUCCAGCUUUGCUGGAAGUAAUGCUUCAACCACUGGUAAUGCUCCGCCAAGUUCUGUCGGAAAUGCUAAUACUUCUACUGUUUGUUCAGAAGUGAGUGCAUCUAGUAAUAUAACAAGUGAAUUAAGUGGUGCAAAUAGUCGUGCAUCAAAUGUAGCAAGCCAAGCAGCUAAAAAGACUAAAGUUAGUGAAAUCAAAAGUGGUUUUGCAUCGGAAGCUGUAAGUUCAGCAGCAUCCGCAGCAGGAGGAUCACAAACUAUAUCAUCCGCAUUUUCGUCACAGUCAAAAGUAGGAACAAAACAAAAACGGACUACUUCGAAAGCUUCGGUGGAUAAAAAGAGCAAAAAAUAGAUUGAUGAAAUUAAAUUAUUGAUUUUUA